AGCUCAGUAACAUCAAUUAACGCUUCAAUUUAACUCGGAGGGCGGAAAUGAGCUCCGGAUGUUGUUAAAUCUACCGGAAACCCGCGAAGAAGAGUGUUUAGCCUCACCAUGGCGGAAACAGAGCAGCAGUCAGGGUCCACUCCUGAGGAUGAAGAACCUGAAGUCAAAGACAGCAACACCUUCAUGGUACCCAAGAAAGAAAUCAGCAUGGUGCCUGACAUGAGCAAGUGGAAGCGAUCUCAAGCGUAUGCUGACUACAUCGGCUUCGUUCUGACGCUGAAUGAAGGUGUGAAGGGAAAGAAGCUCCUUAGUGAAUAUAAAGUGUCAGAGACAGUGGAGAAGUUACUAGAUCUUUUGGACACUCUGGACCGAUGGAUAAAUGAGACCCCUCCUGUUGACCAGCCAUCCCGUUUUGGUAAUAAGGCUUACAGAACCUGGUACGGCAAACUAGACCAGGAAGCAGAGGCCUUAGUGGCAACAGUGCUCCCCGCUGACAGAUCUGCUGCAGCUCCAGAGAUCGCCGUCUAUCUGAAAGAGUCUGUGGGGAACGCCACCAGGAUAGACUACGGAACAGGUCAUGAAGCUGCUUUCGCUGCGUUCCUCUGCUGCCUCUGCAAGGUCGGAGCUCUCAGGGUAGAUGAUCAGCUGGCUAUCGUUUUUAAGGUUUUUAACAAGUAUCUCGAAGUGAUGCGGAAGCUGCAGAAGACCUACAGAAUGGAGCCGGCUGGGAGCCAAGGUGUGUGGGGACUAGACGACUUCCAGUUUCUGCCCUUCAUUUGGGGAAGCUCCCAGUUUGUAGAUCACCCAACACUGGAGCCUCGGCACUUUAUCGACGAGAGGGUGGUGAAUGAGCAUCACCAAGAGUACAUGUUCCUGGAGUGCAUCAAGUUCAUAAAUGAGAUGAAGACGGGUCCGUUUGCAGAGCACUCCAACCAGCUGUGGAACAUCAGCGCUGUUCCUAACUGGGCCAAAGUCAACCAGGGCCUGGUCAGAAUGUACAAGGCUGAGUGUUUGGAGAAGUUCCCGGUGAUCCAGCACUUCAAAUUCGGUAGCCUGUUGUCCAUCCAGCCGAGCAAGCCUUGACACUCAUGCCACGCACACGCACACGAUGGAAAAGACCAAAAUCCCGACAGUUGGAACCAACAGUUUUCCCCGUUUCCUCCGGCAUCCUCACAUGCAAAUCCAACAGUAGCAAAAUCAACCACAUGUAGUAUGACAACACGCAUCCCCCACAUGUGCACGCAUGUGGUCCGGAAAGCUAGUAGGCCAUCCAUAACUUGAAUGCAGUGCAUGUUGUGGAUGACCUUUUGUGAUUUUGGAACUUAUUUAUAUUUUUUGUCAUUUUAUUUAUAUAAUGAUAGAGUUUGAAUCAGGCUCCUUUUUUUGAGGGUUUUUUUUUUUUUUUUUAGUGCUUGAAUUUACCUCAAAGUGUGGAUCUUCAUGAGCCGUAGUGAGUCGAUACAAACUUUGCGUGACUUUUUCAAAACCCUUUUUCAUAAUUUCUUUUGCUUUUAAGGCCAAAUGUUUUAAUUUUGUUUCAAAUAUACCAAUAUUUUAAUUACCAACUUCAUCCCAACAUAUUAAUAAUUCGCUAAGAAAUAACUGUGUGGGUGUUUUUUUCUUAAACAAAAUGUCUUGACAGUUCAUUGUCUUGCUCAGAUGAGAAAGGACAAGAUGUUUAAAGCUUCCAUAACAGCUCAUCCAAAAUGUACAGAAUUUCAUUGACCAUAAUUUCAUGAAAAAGUGAGUUUAGGUAAGAAUCUUUGCAUGAAAUCUCUUUUAUUUUGCCCCUUACAGUCUGCUCCCUUACCAGUCACUGUCACUAAUCUAUGCCCAUCAUAGCCCAGCAGUUCAGUGAGAGUUAAACAUUGUAAAUUGACAAACCAUACUUGAAUAAAUUCUUGUGGUUGUGCUGUGCAGCUUUUUCCUGAACCCAGGUGAAAUAUUGUAGUUGUUUUUUUUACCCCCAGGUUUUAAAUGUGAUGCAUUCUGCGUGUGUUUCAAUUUAUGGCACAUUUAAAGAACAAAGGUUUGUGCUUUUAAUUUAAUAAAAUAAACGCUAUUUUUGUGUGAUUACAUUGCA